AUGCUGAACCUUCGGCUGCGGUUGCCGAACAGCGCGCAGCCAGUUGAUUUUCCAGUGGAGGCGUCAACGCCGUGGGGGGCGUUCCUGUACGCACUCGAGAGCCGCUCCGGCAUCGAGAAGAGCUGUCUGCGCGUGCUGAUUGGCUACCCGCGGCUCGUGGUAGACGCGGAUGACAACGCUGAGGUGGGCACCGUAUUGCGUGGGGAAAACACUCUGUUCCUGCAGAAGGGUGAGGCAACUGUGGUACGGGGCGUGUCGACAGGGCGUUACAUACCGCCCGCCAAUGAGCGGUGGCACUUCACCCGCCGUGUGUGCCCCUCCGAUAACUCCUGCCUCUUCCACGCCGCCGCGUACGUGCUGCGCAACAAGAGUCGCACAGAUGGUCCCCUGCUACGCCAGGAAUGCGCCAAUGUUGUGCAGUCGAACCCCGAGUUUUUUACCGAGCUGCUGCUCGAGCGGCCGAAUCACGAAUAUGUGGAGUGGAUCCGACGCCCCACGACAUGGGGUGGUAGCAUCGAAUUGUUUAUCUUGAGUUUCCUCGAGCAUACAGAGAUAAUCGCACUCGACUUGGAAUCAUGUCGGAUGGAACGCAUUGGAGAGAAUAUGGGCUAUACUGUGAUGACCUUUGUCGUCUACACUGGCCAGCACUACGACGCCAUUGCGAUGAACGCUAUGUACAAUUCUCCACGAGAAGAUGAAGAUCAGGUGAUCUUUAAUGCGCAUGAUGAUUUCGUUAUCGCGCGCGCUGAGCGUUUUGUCCGGGAGGAGGUGGAACGUAUGAAGCAAUCAUCAUGA